GGCCGGUGGCACCGCCCCGGCGCCUCGGCGCACACCCGGAAGCCGCGCGAGUGGAGCCGAGUGUUGCGGAACCUGGCGGGCGCGGGAAGUCGAGCCCCGCCGUGGCGGCCGGGAGGCGAGAUGGCAGCCAGGCCAGAUGGGCCUGAGGAUUGGGUGGGCAGUGCCUACCUGUUUGUGGAGUCUUCGCUGGACAAAGUGGUGCUGUCGGAUGUCUACGCCCAGCCCCAGUGCAAGGUGACGCUGUACAGGGCUCUGAGAACUGCCUUGGCAGAGAGCGGCGGGAGCCCAGAAGUGCUGCAAGUGCUCAAGAUCCACCGCAGCGACCCACAGCUGAUCGCGCAGUUGCGGUUCUGUGGGCGCCAACCGUGCGGCAGCUUCCUGCGCGCCUACCGCGAGGGGGCGCUGCGCGCCGCUCUGCAGAAAAGCCUGGCUGUGGCGCUGGCCCAACCCUCCCUGCGCUUGCAGCUGGAGCUGCGUGCAGGCGCCGAGGUGCUGGACGCAUGGCUGACGGAUGAAGAGCGCUGUUUGAGCUGUAUCUUGGCUCAGAAGCCCGACCGGCUCCCGGAUGAGGAGCUAGCGGAGCUGGAGGAUGCAGUCCGGAAUCUGACAUGCAGCUCGGAGGGUCAAGCGGGUGAUGUGAAGCUUGCGCUGGCUCCCACACAGCCUCUGGUCACUUCUCCAUCGGAAGAGAAGCUGCCGCUGCUGCCGCCACCUGUCCAGACUUUUCUCUUCCAGGGGCAGCCCAUAGUGAACCGGCCGCUGAGCCUGCAGGACCAGCAGACAUUCGCCCGUUCAGUGGGCCUCAAAUGGCGCAAGGUGGGGCGCUCGCUGCAGCGCAGCUGCCGGGCGCUGCGGGACCCGGCGCUGGACUCCCUGGCCUACGAGUAUGAGCGUGAAGGGUUGUAUGAACAGGCCUUCCAGCUGUUGCGGCGCUUUGUGCAGGCUGAGGGCCGCCGCGCCACGCUGCAGCGCCUUGUAGAGGCGCUCGAGGAGAAUGAGCUCACCAGCCUGGCUGAGGACUUGCUGGGACUGGCGGAGCCCCAGGGCAGCCUGGCCUAGGCCCAGGCCUACCCAGGAGGAUGCCUUGGUUUGCCAGGUGCUUGGCCCAAUGUGGAGCCCGCCUGGAUGAUGCUCAAGUCCCUUCUGCUGCCAUUGCCCCGCAGUCCAGCCAGUGGCCCCUGAAAUCACACUGUGCCUUCCUGCCAGCCGAGCCAGGACUGACUGCUGUUGCCAGGAGCCCAGAUCACUGGAACUCCAACCCGGCCACCUGCCACCAUGAUAGACAGCUGUGGGGAGGGCUGUGCUGCUUGGCUCACCCCUCCCACCCCAAAGAGGGGCUUUCCUCUGACAACAGUUACUGGUGUUGCGGUUACCAUGGCAAACAAGGAGUAGGCAGCCUGCACUUUGUGUGGGACUCUGAUUGUUAAGUGAUGGUAAUAAAGUGUAACUCUUCCCCUUU